UGACCGACCCGCAAGCAGAGACUUUUCUCCUUGGCAGCCAACAACCUGCAGCAGGAAAGGCGGGCGGGGGAGGAAACCCCGAGGAGGCGCUCCCGGCCGCCUCUUUGCUGAGAUAGCAGGAGCAGCAGCCUGCGGAGCCACGAGCGCAGCGUCACUGAGCUGGUGCGGGUGCAGGGGCGCUCCGGGAGGCGCAGAGGCCCGGAGCCGCUACAGCCGCGGAGUCGCCCGCGCUGCAGGACGCCGCGCCGCGCCACUCCAGCGCCACGGGCCGGUCCGGCAGCAGGAGGAGCCGGUGGCGGAGCGCUGCCAGGCACGGUGCCUCGAGCACCUGCCUGGAGCAUCGUGGGCGACGAAAGGAACCCAGAGAGCUCGGCCUUUUGUCCCGUUCUCUAAAAGCAGCUUGUGACCAAGCCCGGAGGAGGCGAGCAUUUCAGUUCUCUGCCGGACUGGGAUUUUUCUUCUCACAAUUUGGGGGAGCCCAAGUAGAGGUCAGAGAGGCAGGGGAGGAUCUCAAAAAGGGGCCGAGGGCUGUGAAAGUGGGCACCCCCUCUUAUCGCUGGAAAAUCUCCUUGACAUUUUUCACACUUUGAAGCAGCUGCAGCUGGUGUCGUCGGAAAAGGGGGUGGGAAAAAAGAGAGGGGGCGGGGAGAGCGGGGAGACACAGCCAAGAGCCACGAGCAGCGUCUCCUCGCCUGCCAAGCCUGGCACCUGUGCGUCGAGCCACUGCACGCAGGAGGACCCCCACUCCGGGCGAACCCUGGGCUUGAAGCCACCGACACCCAGUCCCUGGGCAGCGGGUUCUCGCCGAAGGGACCUGCAGCCACCUACAAAGACCGCCGCCGUCGCCUGCAGACCCUGGAGCGCUUGGCUCUUCAGAGCCGCGGCUGCGCCGGGUCCCCGGGGAUUCUCGCCCAGCAGCAGGCAGGGUGUGUUAGAGUUGGGUGCAAGAUUCGCCUUUUCUGCUCGUCUUUUCUCCGCCUGGAAUUUAUUGUCUGUGGAGCCUUUUGGGGGUGGGGAAGGAGCUUCGCCUCCGCCACCGCCGCCGCCGCCGCCGCUGCGGUCGCUAGCGCGGCGCGCAGGGCAGGCGGAGGCAAGGGAGUGAAUGCGCUCCUGCCUUCCCGGGCAGCGCUUUGGGCUUCCCCUCGACCGCUUCCCGCCGGAACCUCUCCAGCGGUCCACCUGAAGGGCAGCAGCAUCAUGGUCUAACGCGGCACCUGCCUGGAAUCCCCUUUCUCCUGGUCUUCUUCCACCUACUCCACCCCUCCUCUCUUCCUGCGAGGACCCUCGUGCCCACUCCACUGCGGACCCCCGAACACUUUAAGGAAUAAGCGUUGGCAGCUGCACGAUUCACUCUCUCCAAAACCUCAUGGGCAGUUUCUCCCGGCGAUGAUGGAGAACCUAAUAAGGGGAAGGAAUCCCCCACAAUAUCAGAGAAGUCCUUGUAAAGAAGUUCGUGCAGCACUUCGGAAGAGGCCUGAAGAAGAGUUGCAGUGCCUGGAGAUGACCACCAAACGGAAAAUCAUCGGCCGACUGGUGCCGUGCCGAUGUUUCCGAGGUGAAGAAGAAAUCAUCUCAGUUUUAGACUACUCCCACUGCAGUCUUCAGCAGGUGCCAAAGGAGGUCUUUAACUUUGAGCGGACGUUAGAGGAGCUUUAUCUAGAUGCCAAUCAAAUUGAAGAGCUACCCAAGCAAUUGUUCAACUGUCAAGCUCUAAGAAAACUAAGUAUUCCUGAUAAUGAUCUUUCAAAUCUGCCAACCACUAUUGCUAGUUUAGUUAAUCUUAAAGAACUCGACAUCAGUAAAAAUGGUGUACAAGAAUUUCCAGAAAACAUUAAAUGUUGUAAGUGUUUAACAAUUAUUGAAGCCAGUGUCAAUCCCAUUUCUAAACUCCCCGAUGGCUUCACGCAGCUUCUAAAUCUGACCCAGCUCUACCUGAAUGACGCCUUUCUUGAAUUUCUUCCAGCUAAUUUUGGAAGACUUGUCAAAUUGCGGAUCUUGGAGUUAAGAGAAAAUCAUUUGAAAACUCUACCAAAGUCAAUGCACAAACUGGCCCAGUUGGAAAGACUUGACCUAGGCAAUAAUGAAUUCAGUGAACUGCCUGAAGUUCUGGAUCAAAUACAAAAUUUAAGAGAGUUAUGGAUGGAUAAUAAUGCAUUACAAGUGCUACCUGGGUCUAUAGGGAAGUUAAAGAUGUUGGUAUACCUGGAUAUGUCAAAAAACAGAAUAGAAACGGUUGACAUGGACAUUUCUGGAUGUGAAGCCCUUGAGGACCUCUUACUGUCAUCCAACAUGUUGCAACAGUUGCCUGACUCUAUAGGACUGUUGAAAAAAUUAACAACUCUAAAAGUAGAUGACAAUCAACUUACAAUACUACCCAACACAAUCGGAAAUUUAUCUUUGUUGGAAGAAUUUGACUGUAGCUGUAAUGAACUGGAGUCUUUACCUUCUACUAUUGGCUACCUUCAUAGUCUUCGAACGUUAGCAGUCGAUGAGAAUUUCCUUCCAGAAUUACCCCGAGAAAUUGGAAGCUGUAAGAAUGUAACAGUUAUGUCUCUACGUUCCAAUAAACUGGAAUUUCUUCCUGAAGAGAUUGGACAGAUGCAGAAGCUAAGAGUCUUAAAUUUGAGUGACAACAGAUUGAAGAAUUUACCAUUCUCAUUUACCAAACUGAAAGAGCUUGCAGCUUUGUGGCUUUCUGACAAUCAGUCCAAAGCCCUUAUCCCUUUACAAACUGAAGCCCAUCCAGAAACAAAGCAAAGAGUAUUGACUAACUACAUGUUUCCCCAGCAACCUCGUGGUGAUGAAGAUUUCCAGUCAGACAGUGACAGCUUUAACCCUACACUGUGGGAAGAGCAGAGACAACAACGCAUGACUGUUGCCUUUGAAUUUGAAGAAAAAAAGGAAGAUGACGAAAAUGCUGGGAAAGUUAAGGAUCACCCCUGCCAAGCCCCCUGGGAAAGGGGCCAGCGUGGGAUUACUCUCCAACCUGCCAGACUGUCUGGCGAUUGCUGCACACCAUGGGCCAGGUGUGAUCAGCAGAUCCAAGAUAUGCCCGUCCCCCAGAAUGACCCACAGCUGGCAUGGGGUUGUAUAAGUGGCCUCCAGCAGGAAAGGAGCAUGUGUACUCCAUUGCCAGUUGCAGCACAAUCCACCACUCUUCCCUCUCUAAGUGGCAGACAGGUUGAAAUAAACCUAAAACGAUAUCCAACUCCUUACCCAGAGGAUUUAAAGAAUAUGGUAAAAUCUGUACAAAAUCUGGUGGGUAAGCCAAGCCAUGGAGUGCGUGUUGAGAAUUCAAAUCCAACUGCUAACACGGAGCAAACUGUGAAAGAAAAAUAUGAACACAAGUGGCCUGUAGCCCCAAAGGAGAUAACAGUGGAGGAUUCUUUUGUUCAUCCAGCUAAUGAAAUGAGGAUUGGGGAACUUCACCCUUCAUUAGCUGAGACCCCUCUGUACCCACCCAAACUUGUUCUGCUAGGGAAGGACAAAAAAGAAUCAACUGAUGAGUCUGAAGUUGACAAAACUCACUGUCUGAAUAACAGUGUUUCCUCAGGCACUUACUCAGACUACUCGCCUUCCCAGGCUUCCUCAGGAUCCUCUAACACGCGGGUUAAAGUGGGGUCCUUGCAGACAACAGCUAAAGAUGCAGUACAUAAUUCUUUAUGGGGUAACAGGAUUGCACAAUCUUUCCCACAGCCUCUUGACUCAAAGCCAUUGCUCACCCAGCGGGAGGCUGUUCCCCCAGGGAAUCUACCACAGCGUCCGGACCGGCUGCCAAUGAGCGACGCCUUCACUGACAACUGGACUGACGGUUCACAUUAUGAUAACACAGGGUUUGUUGCAGAGGAGACCACAGGCGAGAAUGCCAACAACAAUCCUCUCUUAAGUUCGAAAUCUAGAAGCACAUCUUCUCACGGACGCAGGCCUUUGAUUAGGCAGGAUAGGAUUGUUGGUGUUCCCCUGGAACUUGAGCAGUCUACACACAGACACACGCCAGAAACAGAAGUGCCUCCUUCCAAUCCUUGGCAGAAUUGGACCAGAACCCCUAGUCCUUUUGAAGACAGGACCGCUUUCCCUUCCAAAUUAGAGACAACCCCCACCACCAGCCCAUUGCCUGAAAGGAAAGAGCAUAUAAAAGAAUCUGCUGAAAUACCUAGUCCUUUUUCUCCAGGAGUACCAUGGGAGUAUCACGAUUCCAAUCCCAACAGGAGUCUUAGCAAUGUCUUUUCUCAGAUCCACUGCCGCCCAGAAUCAUCUAAAGGUGUUAUUUCCAUUAGUAAAAGCACAGAGAGGCUUUCCCCACUCAUGAAAGAUAUCAAGUCCAAUAAAUUCAAAAAGUCACAGAGUAUCGAUGAGAUUGACAUUGGUACAUACAAGGUGUAUAAUAUACCAUUAGAAAACUAUGCCACUGGGAGUGAUCACUUAGGAAGUCAUGAACGGCCAGAUAAAAUGUUGGGACCAGAGCAUGGUAUGUCCAGUAUGUCUCGAAGCCAGUCAGUGCCGAUGCUGGAUGACGAGAUGCUCACUUAUGGAAGUAGUAAAGGGCCACAGCAACAAAAAGCGUCCAUGACCAAAAAAGUCUAUCAGUUUGACCAAAGCUUCAAUCCCCAAGGAGCAGUGGAAGUUAAAGCCGAAAAGAGGAUACCGCCCCCCUUUCAACACAAUUCCGAGUACGUGCAACAGCCCGGCAAAAACAUCGCCAAGGAUUUGGUUAGUCCUAGAGCUUACAGAGGAUACCCACCCAUGGAGCAAAUGUUUUCAUUUUCUCAGCCAUCGGUGAAUGAGGAUGCUGUGGUGAAUGCCCAGUUCGCAAGCCAAGGUGCCAGGGCAGGCUUCCUGAGAAGAGCCGACUCCCUGGCGAGCUCCACAGAAAUGGCCAUGUUUAGAAGGGUCAGUGAACCUCAUGAGCUGCCUCCGAGCGAUAGGUACGGCAGACCUCCAUAUAGGGGCGGUCUGGAUCGCCAAAGCAGCGUUUCAGUGACUGAGUCCCAGUUCCUGAAAAGGAAUGGCAGGUAUGAAGAUGAACACCCUUCAUAUCAAGAAGUGAAAGCUCAGGCGGGAAGUUUUCCAGUUAAAAACCUUACCCAGAGGAGGCCAUUGUCUGCAAGAAGCUACAGUACAGAGAGUUACGGUGCCUCCCAGACCAGGCCAGUUUCAGCUAGGCCUACUAUGGCAGCUCUUUUGGAAAAAAUACCAUCUGACUAUAACUUGGGUAACUAUGGUGACAAGCCAUCAGAUAACAGUGAUAUAAAGACGAGGCCCACUCCUGUGAAGGGAGAGGAGAGCUGUGGUAAAAUGCCUGCAGACUGGAGACAACAGCUGCUUAGACAUAUAGAAGCUAGAAGGUUAGACAGGACCCCGUCCCAGCAAAGCAACAUUUUAGACAAUGGACAAGAAGAUGUAUCUCCUAGUGGCCAAUGGAAUCCUUAUCCUCUUGGGAGGCGGGAUGUACCUCCGGACACCAUUACUAAAAAGGCAGGCAGCCACAUCCAGACUUUGAUGGGGUCCCAAAGCCUUCAGCACCGUAGCCGGGAGCAGCAGCCAUAUGAGGGAAAUAUAAACAAAGUGACCAUCCAGCAAUUUCAGUCACCAUUGCCUAUUCAGAUCCCCUCUUCACAGGCCACCCGGGGACCUCAGCCUGGACGGUGCUUAAUUCAAACUAAAGGGCAAAGGAGUAUGGAUGGCUAUCCGGAGCAGUUUUGUGUGAGAAUAGAAAAAAAUCCUGGCCUUGGAUUUAGUAUCAGUGGUGGAAUUAGCGGACAAGGAAAUCCAUUUAAACCUUCUGACAAGGGUAUCUUUGUUACUAGGGUUCAGCCUGAUGGACCAGCAUCCAACCUGCUGCAGCCUGGCGAUAAGAUCCUUCAGGCAAAUGGACAUAGUUUUGUACAUAUGGAACAUGAAAAAGCUGUAUUACUACUGAAGAGUUUCCAGAAUACAGUAGACCUAGUUAUUCAACGUGAGCUUACUGUCUAAAUAUUUUUUAUAAAUAGUGAAGAUACGUCUAGCCAGACCUAAUGUUCAAAAAUAAGUUUAUACAUAGAAACAAAUUUUGCCAUUUGCUGGACCAAUGGCAAACAUUAGUGCCAAAUGUAUAAUAUUAUAUGUUAGCACUGAUCAUCCUUAAAAAUGUUAACUAUAUAAAUAUGAUGUUCAUGUGGUUAUGUAUUAGUUUUACUUGUCAGCCUCCGGCUGUGCAUUGGUGCAGUUUUGUUUUUGUUUUUGUUUUGUUUUUUUAAUCAAAUAAGUUUCUUCUCGAAGUGGAUUUCAUAUAAUUUCGGAGCACGGAAGCACAUACAAGCUCUUUACGAAUUCUGCUCUCCAUCAGAAACACUGCCUCAAAGUUGUAUAUGCCUUUAUAUAGAAAAUACAAAUAUAAAGAAUUGUAAUUCCCAUAAAAUAUUUCUAGCACAGGUAUAUGUUGGCAUAUAUACAAAAAGAAUAUAGAGAAAAACAAUAUUUUCAUAAACUAAACAUCUCGGAUUGAGAAAGAAACUAUAUCUUAAAAUAAGACUUUACUAUAUUGAAUCUUUUUCAAUAAAAAUUACAUGAUAAUGCCUUAUGAAAGUAACUGUACAUAUGGUAUAAAGUGUUUAUAUUUGGUUCCAUAUUCAUUUGCUAAAUUCUCAUAACACAGAGUGAAAUAUUUCAUAAAUUAGCCAUUUAUCUCUGGGACCGGAAUAAAAAUAGGACAAACUAAUUUGUUCAAUGCCUUUAGCUAAUUACAAUACACACAAAGAGUUAAGAAACAGACUAAAGGUCAUUACAGAUAAAUCUUUUUCACCACAAAUUUAAGCAGUGAAUGAUGGGUGGCAGGAAAGAUAUUGCUUAAUUUCUUUCAAGUUUAUGUUGAUUAUAAAGUGGAGCCCAUGUGAUUUCUUUACUUGUAAAUGUGGAAUUUAUUUGUGUGUUGCUUUAUCUAAUUUGCUACUUUUAAAUAAUUUAAAAUGAGUUUUGGAGAUUGAUAAAAUUUAUCAUUAAGGAAGAUCGUUGUUAGAAAGUUAUGGUGGAUGAUUAAAAAACUUUGGCAUUUAAAAAUGAAACUUCAAAUAUAAUUUCUCAGAGCUGUGGUCUACCUGUAUUAUUAAUUUCAGUGCCUGUUUUGUGUGGGCAAAAAUAGAGAAAAUACUUUUUUUCCAAAAAUGUUUCAAAGUAUAAUCCUGCAUUCUCUUAUUGAGAGAAAGACAAGCAUAGUUAAUAGAGAAUUUGUUAUUUUUACAUUAGAAUUGUUUCCUCUAUAAAUAAUCAAAAUUCAUUUUAUAAUCCUUUAAAAAUAUUUCUUUUUUAUAUUAGUCAUUAAUUUGAUUAAAAUAUUAAUUUAAAUUCCAGAAUAAUUUCCCAGAGUUGGUUGUAUGCAUGCUCUCAUAUUUCCACAUAGCCAUAUAUAUAUAUAUAUAUAUAUAUAUAUAUAUAUAUAUAUAUGUAUGUAUAAUGGAUUUAGUUUACAUGGUAGUGUUUCAAGUAUUCUAUUAGGAUUUUCACAAUAGUAUCAUGUACUGGUGUCACCAAAGCUCUGAGAGUAAUAUUUGUAAGUUAACUGUUUUAUGGGGACAUUGAAAAUACUGUAUUUUUGUAGGGUCUAUUAAAAUGAGUGUCACUUAUUAGAAGUACAGUGGUAUUUUUUGGCAAUAGAAUUUGUCACUUGAAGGCAAAUGAUACUUCACUUUAUAGAUGAUGCACUAAUUUUGAUGUUGCUUUACGUCAGGGUGACAUUAUACCAUGAUUUUAUAGGGUUUGACAUUUAGCAAAUGAUUAAAUGAUUGGCCUAUUUAAUACGUUUCCCAGAAGUAAGUUUUAAAUGCAUUUUAAUAUAUCAACAGUUUCUGAUGAGAAAUGUCUUUCAGAGCCUAAUUUCCUUUGUCAAAAACUGACACCAAACCAUGGUACCACGGUUUCCAGCUGCUAUUAUAGGAUGAUCAUCAUUAAUCAAGAUGGAGGCCCCCACUGGCCUCACAAGAUCACUUAAAAGAAAAACAAACUCCUGGGUGUAGUGUUGGCAAUGAAGCAUCUCAACUCAUCCCAUCAGUUCUGUUUAAUCUGUUCUGGGAGAGGUCGAAGAAGAGUCAGACAGAGGACCACCCAAGUCUCGUCUCUUAUGUCAGGUCUCCCCAUCAGACCCAGGGCUCCAGGAGAGGCUUCUGAGGCACAGAGCUACAAGGAUCAUAGUAAACACCUCUUCCACUCCUGAUGGGACACCAUUGUCCUGGCCCAGGGCUCUCAUCCUUACUGUUCUACAGGAAAUGAGGAAAAGAAAUGGGGUUCCUGACCCACUGGAAAAGAAAUAUGAUGUUUCAAAGCACCUCAUUGUCAAUUGUUCUGCCAUGCUGCAUACUGAGAAAAGGCAGGUAAUAAUGAAAAGAGACAUUUUUUUUAGAUUGAUUGAAAAAAAAAUUACUAAUUACUCGAGGGGUUAAAAAAUCUAAUUUAUUCCAUAGGCGACCAAAACCAAAAAUACAUUAAUUUCUGAGUAUUGACUUUUGGAAUCAUUGGCUUUGCUCCCUGAAAUAAGAAUCUGGUUUAUGUUAACCACCCCUUCCCACCAAAAGAAAGAAAGAAAGAAAGAAAGAAAGAAAGAAAGAAAGAAAGGAAAGGGGAAAUAAAGUUAAAGGUGUGCCUUUUUAAAAAAGAAAAACGACGACAACAAAGGAGUGAAAUUCAUGAUGAUUCCAAUAGAUUUGCCUCUUGGUCUUUGAUUUUUACUGAGAUCUUUCUGCUGAGGAAGCGAUCUCAAUCUGGUGAAUCAGUAAGACACAAGGAAGGAGAAUGGGAAAGAUAAGGGUGGAAAGAACAAGGAGCGAAAAGUACUGGUAGAAUUCCUGCAGAUUUUGCAAAGCCAAAUAGACAUUCGUGGUCAAUUUUUAAAACCUUAUAUGGCUUAAAAAUACAUUGCCACAAAAGAUCUCUUACAAUAAUUUCCACCUUCUAGACAAUAUAACUCACUUUAACAAAGAGAAUAAUUUCAAAAUAUAAGUGUACUUUUGACAAGGAAUACUCAAAAUCAGUAUAACAUACUGAUAUUUACAUCAUGCUAAUUGAUUGCUCAUUGAAACCUAUAAAAUAUGUGUGUCUCGGUUCAUUAAAACUCUUAAUUGCAUAAAAACAUCAAACAAUCCUAGUUGUUUCUGGGUCUUACAUUGGAUUACCACUUUCAAGAUGAAAAGCAGUUUUAAAGAGAGGAUGACAAAUCAGCAUUAAUUUGUUCUUAAUCUGAAAGAUGACUGCACACAUAUUACUAAUAUAAUUGCUUAUUUAAGAAGUAGGACUGAAAUAUCUUUCCGUGGGUGAACUAAAGAGAUAGUAUACCCAGAGAGAGGAAAAUGAAGAAAUUAGAUUUACACCUUCAAAUAUUAAGUGAAAGUAUUUGAUUUGCCAGAAUGAUUAGAUGAAAGGAGCAAGAAAAACAUUUUACCAUAAAUCAUCAAAUCAAAUACCUCCACCAAAAUUUAAAUAUUUGGAAAAUAUAGUGUGUUUGUCACCUUGUCUUUUCAUUGGCUUUUAAUGCUGUGUUCGGUCAAUUCCUGCCCCCUCACUGGCACCCAGAUCAAGAAUGUCUAUUCUGAUGGAUCUGCUGUUAUCAAGAGGUAACAAUACACCAUAAUCAGAUAAACAGGCAUGCUGGUACAGGACCACUGCUCUAAGCCUUUGGUAAAUUCAAUCAGGCAAUGUGUUUGACUGAUUCUUGAAAUACUGACCAAACAGCGGGCUUGCUGAAACAUUGGGUCAGUAAAAAGUUAUGCAAAUAAGGAAAUCCAGUCAGUUCAGAAGAUGGGUCCUUUAUCUAGUAUCAAGAAAAGCAGGGUUGAGUUUCCAGGAAAGUUCCUCUCACAGAAAUGCUAAAUUUUUCUGAGGCUCAAUAAAAUGUUCAAACACUGGGUUGAUGAUGCACCCUGUCUUAUGGUUGUAGUUAACGGAUCAUCUGGGAAUUGGGGGUUGAGGGGGGUGGGAAUCUCCAGAGUUUAGAUCACCUGCAUGAACUAUGUUCCUUAGCAAUAUAACUGCUUCCCAUUAUGAAAAGCAUCCUGCCUUGCCCCAGAAUAUUGCCCCAUCACUCAGUUAGACUGUCGCCCAGGCAUAUACGAUAGCAAAAAACUAGAAUAUGGGCUGGGGAAAAACAGACGUGUACUCUAGAAAGCACCAUUAUAGGAGACCAUCGGUGUCCGCUCCCCUGUGCAUCCCUUCAGUUUCAUUUGAUCUAAACUACCCAGAGAAUGUGUUUUCUGAAACCCCCCACUGUACAGAACUCAAAGCAGAUUCAGUCGACUGGUGCAGCUGCAUUCUGAACCUUAUGGGGGCAUUUCCAUUUCUUGUAUGCAAAACUGACCUCUCUUCAUUGCUGCUGUAGCUGCUAUAGGCCUGUCCCUCUGACUCGCUAUGAUGUUCCAAAGGCAGAGGAUGGCUGCUGACAUAAGGAUAAGAGGCCCCCUUAGAGUACUAAUUGUCUGGAGACCUUUGAGUAUCUACGCAUGGUUCCAGCUUCCAGUUUGGGAAGAACUUCCUUAGAUGACCAAGGAACUUGAGUGGUAGCAUUAACCCAGGUGCAAAGGUGGCGCAUUUAUGUCUCUGACAACAAACCAACCUUGUGUGCGGGGGGGGGGGGGGGGGGGGCAAUGCCUUAACAGAACCAUGGUUCCACUUCUGUUUUUAAAAUGUUGACUUUUGCUGUAUUGACAACUCUAAGCCUGUCAGCUGAUGGUUACUGGGAAAUGUUCCAAUCUUCCUCACCUUUGACACUGUCUACAAGAGAAUGGUUUGGAAACAUGCCCCUAUGAGGGUAUAAAUUGCACAACUUCUACUUUGGAGAAUUCAGAGAUUUCUGAUCUAUGGAGGGGAAAGAUACACUCAGCUUUUGAUUAAAAAAAAAUAAACGAAAACCUAGGAAUGUUGAAUUCCUCUGGAUUCUUAACAUGUGAUUAUCAUAAUCUUUCCUAAGAGCAGUUCUAGGAGAAGUAAAGAGGAAAAACAGAGGGGAGGGAAAUAAUUCACUGCUUCCAGCUUUAGAAGGUUUAGAAGUAUUACUCCAUCUGCUAGGGUUUCCCUAGUGGAUUUUGUUCUAGGGCAGUGAGCUCACACUUUGUAACGACCCACUGAGCGUGAAGCAGGAUGAGAAAUAGGGCUGGAUGUAAGACAGGCACAAAGAGAAGGGUAUCUCUGCAGCUGUCCUGGUAUCUCCCCAGACUAUGCUCCAAAACACCUUUUCUUGGCCUAAUUUUGUUAAUAGCAGCGCCUCAAAGAGUGGAAGAUUAUGAAAUCCAGGCAGUGUUUAUGUAGAAAGCACUGAAACCCUGUGACUCUUCUUAGUCUGGUGUUGGAACCAGUGUGGGCCGGGCCCAAAGAAAAAGCCAUGGGUGGAACUUUUACAAAUACUAUAUUCAAACCCAGCAUAACUUACAACCUAUGUGGGGAUGAUUACUGAGGAAAAAGUUAAAUAAAUCAUCCAAUCUUUCUCUAGUUUGAAAAGUAGAUACAUUUUCUUCUUAAAACUACCAGUGUUGCACAGUUGUAUUAGUUGUGCCAGGUUUGUUUCUAUUUUUACCCCCCUGUCUUUAAAAUAACAGGAGUUAGCAGCCUACAGUCAGGUCUCUCUAUACCUGGAGUAAAAUAUCCUAGUACAGAGACUUUUAUUCUCACCAGAAAACUCCAUAUUUCCUCCACAGGGAAACAAUUCCUAUAGCUGAAUCUCAGAGGAUUAAGGUAUGUCACUCAAAAUUCAAAACAUUUGGGGGCAUUUUAUUGAAGAAUAUGAUGGAAACAGUAAGUGCAAUGUUUAUAAAUAUUUGUUGAGCAUCAAGUAUAUACCAGGCUCUGCAUGACAUGAUCUCCUCUGCACAGAGUCUCACAAUCAAAUGGGAAGAUGAGAGAGCUUCCAGAAAAAAAGGCAGUACAAGGCAAUGUGGUGAGUCCCUUUGUUGCUGCUCUCGGCCCAUGUAUUGCAAAAGGAAGUAGCAUCGUUAUCUAGACAAAUCUCUUCUGGGUUUGAGGGUGGCUAUUCCAUUGGGAGCUAAGUUCUCCAUACUGGGUCUUAGGGCCUUUGGGAGGCCAUUAUCAACGUUCACCAAGAUGUAGGGCAAUAUUUGAUAGGCUAGAAGUGGCAAGAGUGGAGACUUACUGGACAGAGUAAGUAGCAACCACAGAUUCCUUUGAAUCUGUAGAAGAGAAUUUUGCCAGUUGGUUUGUUCUAAAGAAGAGAGAGAACACGAUGAAAAGUGGUGGUGUUCUGCCUGGCCCAGCACUGUGUCUAUCUAUAGGCUCCUGACAUGUCGGGGGAAAGAGGAGGAAGGUAGAACGUUAAAAGGCAUGAACUGCUGGAUUGAAGAGGUUCUUCUGUGCUGCCACCCCAAAGAGUUGUUCCUAUGACCUCUGUCUCUUAUAGAUUAUCAGGGAGCUUGGGAGUCCUCAAGAUCCAGUAUUAGAAUGAGGCACUCAGAAAUGCAAUCAGUUCACCAGCUG